AUGUCCAUGCUGAACAAGAGACUCUUCGAGCUGUGUGUUACAGAAAAGAUUAAUUUGGAGAUUAUCCUGGAAUGUUUGCUGCUGGUGUGCGAAAACGGGCAAAUUCUGCCUCCGGAAAUUAUUGACCGGACAUUUGACGACAAAUCGGCAAAACCACAACUGCAGGUUACUCUACUUCGUUUGGCUUGCGCAAUCGUCCAGAACAACCAGCCGAUACCGAAAGCCUUCACACAGAAGAUAGUGACGGAUUUUUGCUCGGGCACCUUUCCAAAUCUGUUCGAAAAUCCUGAAAAUUGUGCAAAGUUCAACAUUAUCACCAAACUGAUGAACAGCAUCGAGGUUCUCAAUACGGCUGAAGUUACCGCUAAACUAUGCGAAGGCUGGAAAAUAGAAAGCGGCGGUGACUAUCGUCAAAGACUUAGCAUACUUUUGGCCCUGGCGAGUCAGGCAAACUCAGUUUCUGCGGCGUGGAUAGAUCCACAGCGGCUGAAGACCGUCUUCGUAGAAGCGAUGAGUUCGGGUGACGACCAGAUGAUUGAAACGGCGCUGAACGGUUUCAUUGCUCUGAGCCGGCACACAUCUCCGGCAAAAGCAGCGCUGUAUGACGACAGCGAUUUCAGACUGUUGCUGGAAUUUCAACGAUCUGCUUCGUCCACCGGUUCCAAGACCAACGUGGAACUGCUGAUCGAUCUUUCCGUGUUGUGCAAGCUGGAUGACUAUGAAUUCUUUGAAUCGCAUCAUUGUCAAGUCCGACUGCAGAAAAUCUUCGAAAGCGAUACCGACCCGAAAAUUGUUUUCGCAGCACUCAAGAUCGUACAGAGCUAUCCGCGGUUUUCUCGAUUACCGGAAAAAACUCUAGAAACCAUUGGGUUCGCCAAGCUCAGCGCAAAUAAUCCGGAAGUUUCUAGCUUAUGCGAAAACGUGAUAGUGGCGGAUCUGAAAAAUGGAGUUAAGCCUACGGAAAAUCUCAAAGCGUAUAUUUCAACCGAUCAGCGAAGUGAAAGCGCGUCUCUGAUCUAUAUGAAUGGAGUCAAUAGCGACAAGAAUUCCAGCAAGCUGUUAAAUGCGGAUGCCACGGCAGACUCUCUGACUAUGGUGCUGAAUGAAAGUAGUCAAUUUGAUCUGGAUGAGCGAACGUUAGCGGCAUUGCUGGAAAACAAUUUCUCCCGUUUUGAUAUUCUUGCAGAGUAUCUAGCAGGAACCGAGCUGCUCAUGCAAAGUAUUCCGGUUACUGUCGCUCAACGACAGAGAAUGGAACGCAAUAUCAAAAAGCUUUGCCGAAACGGAGUGAUGCUUAGCGAUCUGCAACAACUCCUUACUGUAUGUUCGGCUGCUUCUGCUACACUGAGAUCAUUUGAGCACGCCGUUGGCCAAGCGCACCAGUAUAAAUUAGAGGGCGCGUCGUUCGCCGCUCUUCGGCAGACAGUUUCCCUUGUCCAUUUCGAAUCAGAAAUCGUAGCAGCAAUCAACGAAUCAGAAAUCGUAGAAGCAAUCAACAAAUUCCCCCACGAGAAGGCCUUCGAGGGUAAGCACGGUGUGAAACAAGCAGCGCACAUUGUCAACGAAUUCCUUCACAAUAGCACGCGGGUGCCGUACAAAUGGAGCUAUCCACCCGAGCGCUUCGGGAAAGGCAGUAACGAAUCAGAAAUUCUGCAGCUGCACAUAUCCAGCAUCUUCAGCGCUGACCUGCGUAGUCGGUUUUACAAAUCAGAUACUGUGGUUAGCACAUGGUCCGCUAGGGAUAUUGCCAACUGGGCGCGGCAAGCUGUUGUCCGAAAAACUGAAUAUCGACCCGUGGAAUUCGUAACGGAGGCCUUGGCCAUCGCGCGAGUAGCCCUGCAAAUAUUUAAAAAUUUUGUUCUGACAAAAGUGCAGAUUUUGAGUUGCCUCGAAGCUUUGUGCGCACUGGAAAAGGACACAACAACGAAAGGUCAGCUACAGCAAGUCGCCACCGGAUCCGGUAAAUCCGCAAUCGUUGCGGUAUUAGCCGCGGUCAAGGCGCUGGAAGGUCACACCGUGGACAUUUACACCAGCAGUCCGGUGUUGGCGGAACGCGACGCGCAGGAAUGGGCGCCGUUCUACCAAAUGUUCGGGCUGACGUGCGGACACAACGGCGAUAAAGGCGUGUACGUUGCCAAGAAGAAGUCGUGCUACGAUCAGCGGAUUGUGUACGGCGAAUGUGCACAGUUCCAGUUCGAUUAUCUGCGGGAUAAGUACAGUGGAUUGGGUACACUGGGCGGCCGCAGCACGGACUUCGCUAUCGUCGACGAAGUGGACUCUGCUUUAAUCGACGAUAGUGCGAAACUAGCUCGUCUGUCAACGACCUUGCCGGAAAUGGAUACUCUGCAUGUUUUGUACUGUCUCAUCUGGGAUCGUCUGUUACAUAUACAGUCCCAUCUGUUUUCCCUCCUCGAACGACAGUUCUACGUUGAAGGACUAAUCACAAGAGGUGAAUCCGUUAGCACCUUAUCGUACCAGUUUACAAACGCGGAAGACGAACUGCUCGUAAUUCGUAAUCUGGUCAAGUUUAUUUCGGAAGCAUCGAAUGAUGAUUUGCUCAAGGCCAGAAUCUUCGUCGUGGACGAUCUCGAGACGUUCGUCAAACACCACAUGUUUGCGCACGCUCAAUCCAUACUGGAAUCUGAGACUCUCGGUCUGCAAUUCCCUGUCAACCUCCAAGACUUCACACGGAACCAAAUUCCGCUGUGGGUGGAGAGCGCACUAACCGCCGUCCAUUACCAGGAAAACGUCCAUUACAUUGUCGAUGAGGGGCAGAUUAAGCCAGUGGACUACCUGACUACCGGCGUGGUGCAGUCCAGUACCAAUUGGAACAACGGGCUCCAUCAGUUCUUGCAGCUGAAGCAUUCGUUGAAGAUCCAUUCAGAAACUGUGACGACUAACUUCUUGUCGAAUUAUUCCAUGUUCAGCAAGUACGGCACCAACAUUAUCGGCUUUACCGGAACAUUGGGAUCCAGCUUCGAACGGGAGGUUAUGUACAACAUUUACCAUGCAAAGCUGCUCGUUUUGCCAGAGACCCACUUUAAACGCUAUAUCCAGUUUCCAGAUAUCUGCGUGGAAACCGACGAGCAGUGGCUAAAAGAGAUCGUCAUUACGACGAUGGCGGAAACGUCGAAGAAGCGGGCGGCUCUGGUGAUCUGCGAAACCAUCAAAACGGCGCAUCUAAUUGCUUCAGCUUUUUCCGGCUUUAAGGUCAAAGUCAAGCUGUAUGUAAAAAACCAAGAAGGACAAGAAAAGCAAAUCGAACGCCUGCACCCUGGCGACGUCGUUGUGGCGACAAAUCUCGCGGGUCGCGGUACCGAUUUGAAGACCACGGAAAUCGAAGAAUACGGCGGACUGCACGUGUGCCUCACAUUCCUGCCACACAGCCAACGAACAGAAGAGCAGGCAUUCGGGCGAACGUCGCGACAAGGCAACAAAGGCACUGGGCAACUGAUUAUCAUCGCCGACCCACACUCCGAUUACCGGCACCAGCGCGACCUCGAAGAAAAACGCUUGCUGGAGGAUUUUCGUGACCGUGAACUGCCGUACAUUCAGAUGAAAGGGAAGCUUUUUGAAGAAUUCUGCGAAUAUUAUAAUAGCGUUCGCCAACAGCUGCAAGGUCAACGCAGUUUCUGGAAAAACAUGGGGGACGGAGUAAAGGAUGUAGCACAGUCGUGGUUCGGUGCUGGAAGUGGCAGCGCUCCUUCGCUAUUCGAAACAAUUGUGCUUUUGUCCGUGGAAGAGCAGUGGGCGAAAUUUCUUCUUAUGGUCGACCGCGAAAAAUGUGAUAGCAAGAAGGCACAGGCAGAAUUCCAGAUUUUUAAGGCAGAACUGGAGAAAGCGGAAAGUAAUCAAGAACUUAUUAAGGCCGCCAGCAACGCCUUCUACUUUGUGCAAUUGGGAAAUUUUGAAUAUGUCAAUGAACGGCACGCAGCGGCUACGGAAUACUACAAACUAGCCGUACAAAUAGAUCCACCGUUUGCUGUCGGUGCGCAAAUGGGCCUUGCCGCAGCAUCGCUAAACGCCGGUGAUUCAGCGGACUAUAAACGAAAAGCGGUGGAGGAAUUUAACAGCGUUCUCAGUCUACUGUAUAAAGAGAUGUCCGUCAUUAACACGAUGCAAACUUUGUCUCAAAAGCCAUUCUCUCCGGGUUCAGCUUCCGAUACACCGCUUUUCCAGCAGCUCAUACAAAAGGCGAAUCUCCUGGGCUAUUUCAUCAACACCAUUUAAUCCAAUAUUGACGCAACGGAAAGGUCACUACGAGAAGUCAACCUGGAAUAUCAGACGAAAUCAGACAGGCGCACUACGCGUAUCCGUCUGCCGAAUGGCCUUCUACUGAAGAAUUCGAAGACCCGAUGUCUAGAUGAAAAGCUGAAGCCGUUUGAAAAGUUCAGUUUGACGUUUCACGAUCAAACGGUGCACCAUGAUAGGGUCGAGAAGGAUCAGGCGCUUGAAACUCUUCCUGGGAUGAUGGCUGUGGCUGUGAAAGUGCAUUUGAGCUGUGAAUCUGCCGAUAUCGUAAAGCUUCUCGACGAACCAAAUUUUAAACUAUUCAAGAAGGUUCCCGAAGUUAGCGUAGAAGUUCUCAAGAUGCACCGCGAUUUCGAUAAAGGAGGAAAGCUGCCAUUUCAGUUCAACGAUAUCAAGGAUUUAGGUGUUAGCAGUUUUGAUUUGGAGAUUUCUGGUCAUCAGCAAACCUUGAUAGACGCCGCCGAGAAUCUAUUAAAGAAAUCGAAGACAUUUGACCACGAUACGAUCGUUCUUGUAGCAACUAACGAUACUGUCACGGUGUAUACUCUAGCCGCCCAUGAUGGCGAUUAGCUAUGGAAAUGCUCCUCUUAAUGGAUUUUAGGCUGGAUCAUCAGUGUCUCUGAUCUUGAUUUAUCCAUUUUUAUGUAUUUUCUCCCAUUUAUCCCCUUUUAUGAAUAAAAGAUGUUAUUUAGGGACACCCAUGUUUCCCC